AUGGCGACUCGGCUCAAGGAAUUCGUUAAGAAGUACGGCAAAGUAGCGUUGGGAGUUCACUUUUCCGUCUCCGGCGUCUCUAUUUCCGGUCUGUACAUCGCCAUCAAGAGCAACGUCGACGUGGAAUCGAUCUUCGAGAAGUAUCACAUCCCCGGUUUCUCCACCAAGGAAAACCCUAACCCUAUCUCCGAUUCGCAGCCGAAAGAGGUGAUCGGAGAUGGUACGAGCAAGAACAAGACGAAGGAGCUGGCGGCAUCGGCGGGAGGGGCUUUAGCAAUGGCGGUUCUGUGCAAUAAGGCUUUGUUUCCGAUCAGAGUUCCGAUCACCAUGGCCCUAACGCCUCCAAUCGCAAGGUUCUUGGCUCGGAGGAAGAUCCUCAAAAGCGGCGUAUGA